AUGGCAAAAGGCAUGCAACUUGCUUGUUGCGAUGCCAACAGCAAAGCUGCAACCGGAGAUCAGGCAGUUCAACGUGACCAUUGUCCCCGCUGGCAGAUGGCCAUCCAUUUGUUGGAAAGCUGCAGCUCCUACAGGCUACAGCCAGACGUGAUCAGCUUCAACGCCACCAUGAGUUCCUGUGAGAAGGCACAGCAGUGGCAGCAGGCCCUGCUUGUUUUUGAAACGAUUUUCAAGGAUGCCAAGAUUCAGCCCAACCCUGUGAGCUUCAACACUGCCAUCAGCUCCCUCCCUGGAGGUUGGCCUAGGGCUCUGCUGCUGAUUGAUCAGGCUCAGCAUCAGGCAGAUGUGAUGAGUUUCAAUGCAGCCAUGAGUUGUUGCAAGAAGGAUGCGGCAUGGCGGGAAGCAGUUGGCAUUCUGGAUGCCAUGAUCUUCAUGACUCUGUCGCCAAAUCUCGUGACCUACAAUACAGCCAUCAGUUGCUGUGAAAAUGAUGGGGAGUGGCAAACUGCUUUGAGGCUGCUUGAGGCCAUAGAUGAGUCGAGGAUGGAGGCAGAUGUCAUCAGCUUCAGUGCAGCCAUCAGCUCACAUGCGAAGAUGGGCAGGUGGGAGGAGGCCAUCAGUUUGUUUGAUGAGAUGAAGCGCCAGAAGCUCCAGCUGGAUGUGAUUUGCUUUGGAAAUGCCAUGACUUCGUGUGCCAAGUUUCGUCAAUGGCAAGCCGCCCUCGCCCUACUGGAAACUGGGGCCAUGAGGAUUUUCCAAGCAUGGCUUUUGGGGACGAUUUUCAGUUAA